UUUUUCACGUCUAGUUGAGUAUAAAAAUGAAAGCAAAUCUAUGGAAGAGCAUCAGUUAGCUGUCUGCUACUUCCAGAGCUAAAUCCACUCGCAACAAUGGCUUCUUUCAAGAUUGCCCUUCUCUUCGGUGUCGUCGCCUUCGUCAGCGCUUGCUCUCAAGCGCCCGGAACCACCACCACCACCGUGACUACUACCGUCACCACCGUCUCAGCCGAUGAUGGCGGCGAAGCCGGCCUUCUGAGCGCUCACGAGCGCAGCCUCAUCCGCAAGACUUGGGACCAGGCCAAGAAGGACGGAGAUGUCGCUCCCCAGGUCCUCUUCCGCUGUCUGCUAUUCCCAGAGCUAAACCAACCCGCAACAAUGGCUUCUUUCAAGAUUGCCCUUCUCCUCGGCGUCAUCGCCUUCGUCAACGCUUGCUCCCAAGCGCCCGGAACUACCACCACCACUGUGACUACCACUGUCACCACCGUCUCUGCCGAUGAUGGCAGCGAAGCCGGCAUUCUGAGCGCUCACGAGCGCAGCCUCAUCCGCAAGACAUGGGAACAGGCCAGGAAGGACGGAGAUGUCGCUCCCCAGAUUCUCUUCCGCUUCGUCAAGGCCCACCCCGAGUACCAGAAGAUGUUCAAGUCCUUCGCUGAUGUUCCCCAAGCCGAGCUUUUGGGCAACGGAAACUUCUUGGCCCAGGCCUACACCAUCUUGGCCGGUUUGAACGUCGUCAUCCAGUCCCUGUCCAGCCAAGAGCUGAUGGCCAACCAAUUGAACGCCCUCGGUGGUGCCCAUAAACCCCGUGGAGCUACCCCCGUCAUGUUCGAGCAAUUCGGUGGCAUCCUCGAGGAAGUCCUGGCUGAAGAGCUUGGAAGCGGAUUCACUGCUGAGGCCAGACAAGCCUGGAAGAACGGAAUUGCCGCUUUGGUUGCUGGCAUCGCCAAGAACCUCAAGAAAGCUGAAGAUUUGGCUGAUCCCCAAACUAAACUGACCCCCCACCAGAUCCAAGAUGUCCAGAGGAGCUGGGAAAACGUCAGGAACGGCCGUAACGCUCUCAUUUCCUCCAUCUUCGUCAAGCUCUUCAAGGAAACCCCCCGCAUCCAGAAACACUUUGCCAAAUUCGGCAGUGCCGCUGUUGACUCUUUGCCCGGUAAUGCCGAAUACGAGAAACAAGUAGCCCUCGUUGCUGACCGUCUGGACACCAUCAUCUCAGCUAUGGACGACAAACUGCAGCUUUUGGGUAACAUCAACUACAUGAGGUACACCCACAUUGAACGUGGAAUUCAACGCGGAACGUGGGAGGACUUUGGCCGCCUGCUUCUCGAAUCCCUGGCUGCUAGCGGCGUCUCCUCCGAUGAUGUGGACUCAUGGAAGGGCGUUUUGGCCGUUUUCGUCAACGGAGUUUCACCACGCAACUAAAGAAUGUUUAACCACUCUACAAAUUUCACAUUUUAGCAAUGAUAGGCGAAGGGAAAUUAUUCCGAUCAAUUAUUAUUUGCUGAUAAUGUUUUGUUUUGUUCUCCAAAUAACAAUCAUCGAUGGAGAGAAAAAAAAAAAAAAAUGAAAAUACAUUUUUUUCUUAACUCUUAAA